AAAGUUAGAAGAAAAAGCGACAGAUCAUUUUUCUUUUUGUCUUGGACAAAUACUCGCUUUCAAGUAUUUGCAGAAGCAACUUGUCAAGCCGGUUUUUAUUUUACUUUAUUUUCAAGAAAUAGAAACGCAAAUAAAUAAGAAAAAAACCUGUCAAGCAGUAUCGUUGUGAAUUCAGUUUGAGAAUUAUUAAACAGAAAAUGAAGUUUUAACUUAAUUUUAUCAAGAUCGGCUGGCAUUAGGAGAUACGAAACUAACAUUUAGGAAAACUCUAAAGUAAAAAACUAAAUAAACAAUAAAUAAUUCUUUCUACUAUAGGCACCAGGCCAGAAAUUUUAAGGGGGAAGUCGAUUGAUCUCAGUGCAUAACUGGUACUUAUUUCAUCGAACCCGAAAGAAUAAAAGGCAAAGUUGACCUCAGCAGGAUUUCAACUCAGAACGUAAAGCCGGAAGAAAUGAUGCAGAGCAUUGGUGCAGUGCGCUAACAAUUCUGCCAGUUCGGCGCCCUCCGUAAAUGAACAAAACUUGAUAUAUUUAAAGAAGAAACAAGAGAGGCAGUUCUGAAGUAAAAAUACGGUGUUGAAUAAAUUGAACAGCUCCGUAGUGAACUUGGUCAAUAUGGAAGUUUGAAAGUGUGUACCAAAACGGUUUCUCCUCCAUUAUGUCACUCUUCAAAUAACCCAGCACCAACAAACAUGGCAGCGUCUCCGGCUAUCAACUUGGACUUCAGCAGAUACAGUGUAAUACUCGUAGUUAUUAUUUUUGUUUGUUACAUCAACUCUCUCCAAUGCGGCUUUGUUUUUGAUGAUCUGUCAGCCAUAAUUGACAACCAGGACCUUCGACCCCAUGUACCACUGUCAAAUCUCUUUUGGAAUGAUUUCUGGGGUACACCUAUGAAUAAGGAAGACAGCCACAAGUCUUACCGACCAUUAUGCGUGCUGACCUUUCGGCUGAAUUAUGCACUGACUGCCCUCAACCCAAUGUCCUACCAUUUGGUCAACAUCAUACUACAUGCAGUUGUCAGUGUGUUAUUAAUGAGAGUUUGCUGCUUGUUCCUGCAUCGUUUCACUGCUCUUCUUGCUGCAGUCCUCUUUGCCUUACACCCGAUACACACAGAAGCAGUCACAGGAGUUGUGGGACGAGCUGAAAGUCUAUCAGCAUGUUUUUUCCUUGCUGCAUUGUUGGUUUAUGCAAAAGCUUCAAAACAUCCUUCUCGAACCAAUUGGUGGUUUCUGUUGUUGACUCUCCUGUUUGUGGUGGCUGCCAUGUUGUCCAAAGAACAAGGUAUCACAGUGGUUGGUGUCUGCUGUGUCUAUGAAAUUGUCAUCGCCCAAAAGAUAACACCACAAAAUAUUCUCAAAGACUUUGCCAAUAUUUGCAAAGGCAAAAUCUCUUUCCCAGCUUGGUUGAGAACUUCAGUUUUGCGAGGAACUUUCUUAGUUGGUUCCACGUUGUUCCUGUUGCUGGCCAGGAUAAAGAUUAUGGGUGCAGAACUCCCAGUGUUCACAAAAUUUGACAAUCCUGCAUCAGUGUCCUACACACCAUGCCGACAACUAACUUUCAACUAUCUGCUGGCUGUCAACCAAUGGCUGCUGCUCUGCCCAUCAUGGCUAUGCUGUGACUGGACAAUGGGCACUGUACCACUCGUGCAGUCCUUUCUCGACAUCCGUAAUCUCUCGACACUCAUCUUUUAUAUCGUGCUCUUUAAGUUUGUCGCCUUUGCACUGACCAAACAAGGACCACGGGCAAGGGCCAUCAUUAUGAGCCUUACCUUACUCAUUCUGCCAUUUGUUCCGGCCUCAAACCUCUUCUUCCCAGUUGGAUUUGUUGUGGCUGAGAGGGUCCUCUACACUCCUAGUAUGGGCUUCUGCAUUCUUGUUGCCCUAGGAUUUGAACUCUUGAUUCAACACACCAACAAGACCUUGAAGAUGGUACUGUGGGGGUUGAUGGUGUUUUUAUUAACAGUUCAUGGCUUGAAAACAAUCAUCAGAAAUUUUGAUUGGGAAUCUGAGUAUAUUUUAUUCAAAUCUGCAGUGAAGGUGAACCAGAGAAAUGCCAAACUGUUCAAUAAUAUCGGCCAUGCUUUAGAAAAAACAUCAAACUGGUCUGAGGCUCUUGAAUAUUUCACUUUUGCUGCAAAAGUUCAGCCUGACGAUAUUGGAGCCCACAUCAACGUAGGGAGGACAUAUCAGCACCUGAAUAUGUCAAAGGAAGCAGAGAAAGCCUUUCAGACCGCCAUUGAUCUCUUCCCACCUGUUAUUCAAGGUAAAAGUUACACAGCUCGAGUGGCACCAAGCCAUCUUAAUGCAUUCUUAAACCUUGCUUCACUUAUUUCUAAAAAUGAAUCACGAUUGAAAGAAGCUGAAAAACUGUAUAAGUCUGCCAUUACCAUGAGAGCUGAUUAUGUGAAAGCUUACAUGAGUAGAGGAGAGGUUCUUGUCCGUUUGGGAAGACUAGAAGAAGCCAAGGAACAAUACCGUAUUGCCCUCCACUACGAACAGUCUGAUGCUGACAUCUACUACAAUAUUGGUGUUGUCAACUUGGAACAAAAGAACCUACUUGAAGCUAACACCUUCUUUGAGCAAGCACUCAGAUUGAACCCUGAUCACCAGCAAACACUUUUCAACUCAGCCCUUCUUUUACAAGAUCUUGGAAACCCAGUUUAUCGACCUGAAGCGAUGAGGAGGUUGCUACAUUUACUCGAGUUAAAACCUAAUGAUGCUAAAGCUUAUUAUUGCCUAGCUAUCUUGGCUGCUGACAAUAAAGAGUUUAUCAAGGCAAAGAACUGGUUUCAGGAGGCCAUCAGACUUGAAGACACUAUGCGCAGUGCUCUCUUCAAUUUGGCAUUGAUGCUGGUGAAUGAUUUAAAACAACCCCAUGAAGCCGUUCCCUAUCUCCAGAAACUCUUAAUGUACUAUCCGAAUCACACGAAAGGUCUUAUCUUGAUGGGUGACAUCAAUAUCAACAUCCUUAAAGAUCUUAACAGUGCAGAGAAGAAUUUCCUAACAAUUUUAAAGAAUGAACCAGGAAACGUGCAAGCCAUUCACAAUCUUUGUGUGGUCUAUGUGGAACGAGGGGAUAUUCUGAAAGCAGAGAAGUGCCUGCAGCAUGCCCAUAGCUUGGCACCCUCAGAAUCUUAUAUUCUUCAGCACUUGAACAUCGUUAGGAAUAAAAUCAAGUCUAUCAAAGCAAAGAAGAAACCUCAGUGAGGGGAAAUUUUGUCAAAAAAAAAAAAAAAAAAAAAAAAAAAAAGGAUCCUUCUGCAGCCAAAGACAUGACUAACAAGAACAACAAUGAAAUAGUUAGGUACGAAGUGGAGCAAUGCUCAUCGCUUUCUAAGACUGAAAUAUCUGAGAAAAGUGAUUGUAAGUACUUAACUCAUUAUUUAGAUGCUAUGAUUCAUUAAGGAAAUUCUCACACAAACAGCUAACCCUAACCCUAACCCCCGUCUCAACAUGAAGAUCUUGGCUUGUAAGGGUUUGACAAUCAAAACAGGAUUUGUUAAAGUGUCUGCAGCAUAUUGCAGCCAUGUUCAUUUUUCUUAUAAUGUAUUUUUCACCCAGUGAUGCCAAAUGGUUUUAGUAAAAGGUGUCGUCUGCCAAAUACAAACCCCAUUUAACCCCUGCGAUACACACCUUUGAUAACAUGUUGUCUACCUAUCACAUUCCACACCUAUUCCCCAAUAUACACACACACACAUACAUAACACUUGACAACACUGUGUAACAAUUUUUGUUCUUCAGUAGCAACUGUUAUUUCCUAUGUGCUGACCCUUAGAAAGUAUGAAAAAUGGCUAAUAUUUCCAUUAGACUUUACUUUUGUUACAUUUAUUCAAAGCCCAAAGAAUCCCUCUCAACACAUGGCUAUGAUGCUCCUGCUCAUGGUAAGAGAUGCACAUAUUGUCAACCACUAAGGGACAUGCUCAGUUGGUUAUGGUCAAGCAAUGGACAAGAAACUCUCUGGUAUUGAGCAGAACAUUUGCUAUAACAAUAUUUCUGCUUCAGCAACUCAUCACUGAAUGUGUCCGCAAUGUAACGGAAAAUAGGUCAGUUUCAAAACAUUGAUGUCCAGAUGACAAAAAGCAAAAUCUGAAGGAAAUAGUAAUCUUUUCCUUUGAUUUCUAGAUAAAAGCAAAUAAGAAAUAACACUUACUGACCAAAGACAGAAAAAAUAAAAUGGAAUUUGUUAGUGUUAUGUAUGUUGUCAGAUGAUGUGAGAAGUAAAUUUUGUCUUGACUGAA